AUGGUUGACCUGUUUAAAGAAAUGUCGAAUCCUACAGAAUUGAGUGCAUCGAGUAGCGCAAAUCCGCCUACCCAGCUAGAGCUGGAAUUGAUACCUCAUCAGCUGGAGAUGAAGGAUCCCGCAGACGAUUGGACCGGGGUCUCAUCAAGUAAAGAAAGGCGGAAGAUACAAAAUCGCCUUAACCAGAGGGCGCGUCGAAGAAGAAAAUUGAACGAAUUAUGUAACAACUUGGAAAGUGGCGAAGGGGAGCGUGAGUCUUCAAGCUCAGUCGAUGGAGAUGGAGGCUAUGUGCUUCUUUCGUGUCCGAAUAGGAGGGCCGAGAUGAUCAUUCUCGCAAGAAGUGCCCAGACAAACUACUCACUGGGAACCCCGCAACCAACCCAGCUCUAUGCUCUUGUUGGCCUGAACCUACUGAAUGCCUUGGCUCGAAACGCCCAGGUACUAGGCUUCGUCCCCCAAUCUCUCUGCGCAGAUCAUUUCAUUUCACCCUUCAACUUGGAGGGACCCAAGCUUCCUUGCGGGCCGCGGCAAGCAUUAUUGUGGCCUCCAUUUCUUCGACCCACGGAAGCCCAGUAUCAAAUCACUCACCACCCGUUUCUGGACUUAUUCCCAAUUCCUUCGCUAAGGGAAAGUGCGAUACGGGCUGAAGACCUUGGCUUCUUCGAUGAGGAUGAGUUCUGUGCUGAUGUCUUUGGCGUUGGCCACAAGACUAAUGAUGGCGAUGAGCGACCUCGUCUCAUAGUCUGGGGCGAGUCUUGGGACCCUCGGGGAUGGGAGGCAAAUGAAGCCUUCUUCAGAAAAUGGGCCUGGCUCAUCCGCGGAUGCCCUGAGAUAUUAGAAGGAACAAAUUACUGGCGACAGAGGAGAGGAGAGAAGAAGUUAAACUUCGGACGACUUGGGAGCUGA